AUGACUACGCACAGGGUAAGGAUAGAGUUCUGUUUGCAGGGCUCCACUUUAUCUGCACCCCUUUAUAACGCCACAAUGCCACUGAACGCCUCAGCAAACAACACUGAUGACCAAUUCACUGAGAUCAACCUUUCUGACAUCCUCGGCCCAAAGCGAUCGCCCUUUUUCUUCCCAGUUACAACAGUUUACCUUCUGAUCUUUCUCACUGGUUUGUCUGGAAAUCUCCUCACAUGUGCGGUGAUAGCAAAGCACAAGAGAAUGCGGAACCCCACCAACCUUUACCUGGUGAGCCUGGCGGUGUCGGACCUGCUCGUGCUAAUGUUUGGGAUGCCCUUGGAGAUUUACGACCUGUGGCAGAACUACCCGUUCCCCUUCGGCGAGGGCGGCUGCUACUUCAAGACCUUCCUCUUCGAGACGGUCUGCUUUGCCUCCAUCCUCAACGUCACCGCGCUGAGCGUGGAGCGCUACAUUGCCGUCGUGCAUCCGCUCAAGACACGUUACCUGUCGACCAACCAGCACGCCAGACGCGUCAUCACCGUCGUAUGGGCCGUGUCAAUGAUAUGUGCCAUCCCCAACACCUCAUUGCAUGGCAUCUUCUACUUGCCAGAGAGAAUGGAGGAGUCAGCCAUCUGUACUGUCCUCAAGCCGCUGUGGAUCUACAACUUGGUGAUGCAGAUCACAACUGUGUGCUUCUACUUUAUACCCAUGAUGAUUAUUAGUAUCCUGUACUUAGUGAUGGGCAUUCAUUUGGGCAGAGAAAGGAGGCAUGCCAGGAGGAACCUGGGAAAGAACUUCUGUAGCAGCAGUCGAAAGAAUAUCAGCAUAGAGAACGGGCGAAGGAGACAAGUCAUCAAGAUGCUCUCGAUUGUGGUGGCAGUGUUUGGAGUCUGCUGGGCGCCCUUCCACAUUGAGCGGAUCCUGUGGAGUUCGGUCAGCCACUGGACUGACCUGAUGCACAACAUUUACCAGUAUGUCCACAUCCUGUCCGGCAUCCUGUUCUACCUCAGCUCCGCAGUCAACCCCAUCAUCUACAGCCUCCUGUCCACACGGUUCAGGGAGUGCUUCCGGGAACUCGUGUGCUCCCACUCGGAAGACAACACCUCUGUCAGAGACUCCCCGCCUUUCCCGAGGUUUAACUGCGCCAUUUCAAAUUCCAGCCAUCAGAUGGAGAGAAAGGACUCCAAUUCUUUUACCCCUUUUCUAUCUCCUAAUGUGUCAAGUAUAGACUCUACAGUUCUCGAAUGUGCAUGUAAGGAAGCAGCUUACAAAACCUCAGAGCUCUGA